CUUGGAAACAAACCAAGAGCCCAACUACGUACAUACAGUAUAUUCCCGUCGGGCUUGCAUCUGCAAUGGACCUACGUACGGUCGACCGAACCCUGGCCAGAGUUCAGCAGGUCUCUGGCCUUGCUUUCUCUUCUUUCUCUGCCUUGCAUCUUGGUGGACAUUUAUUAGCCAGCUUCAGCUUUUCCCUUGCCGAUACAGCCUUAUUUGCGUCCCGAGUCUUCUACCAGAACCCUGUUGUCGAGCCGCUCGUAGUUGGUGCGUCACUAGUAGUCCACAUUGGAAGCAGCUUAGCAAGGGUCGUCAUUCGCACGAGGAACAUCAAAAAACUCAAUUCGCGCCUCGAGAAGGAUAAGCUGGAGAAUAGCGCGGAGAAGAUGGAGCGGACAAACGCAGCUGAAGAAGUUGUGAAAAAACCCGCACAGACAGCAGCACAACGGGAAUUGCAGUUCCAUCGCCUGAGCGGCUAUGUCCUUACCGCAUUGGUGGGCGUCCACGUUCUGGCGACACGAAUUACCCCUUUGAAAGUCUUGCCCGACACGUCCAUCAUCGAUUUGACUUUUGUAACCCAUUCACUCCGGGCCGACUGGACCGCUCCCUUGUUCUAUCCAUAUUACAUCAUAUUGGGAACAGCUGGGAUCUAUCACACGGCCUUCGGUAUCCAGCAAGCUCUCUCGAGCAUGAAGUUGAUGCGAAAACGAGUCAACCCUGGAACCUGGACAACUGCUCUGCUUGUUUCGGCAGGGAUUAUGACACUUGCCAUCCUCGGGAUUGCGGGCAUUUUCGAGGAUGUGCCGAUUCCUUUGGCUUCGAAGUGGCACGAUUUGACUGAAGUGAUGCCUCUUGUGGCAAUGGGGAAAUUGUAGGGCCUUAGUAUGACACGAACAACGGCAGGACUCCUCGUGACAUAACAAUCAGGAUCGCUGUCCUCUGGGCAUGUUCUCCCUUCUGAGAAACAUCGCGGCGUAACAAACAAUUGUCUGAUCACGUGCGCACUUUGUGGAUGGAGAUGGGGAAUCAGAUCUGAGAGCACUCUUCAGAUAAUGUGGAAACGUCUGUGAUAUAGAUAGUAGAUAGACAUAUGAAAUUUCCCUCCUCGGACAAGGUGGCAUUCGAGCGCAAUUAUCAUAGCAGUUUCAAUUAAUUCCUUGG